AUGUCCACCCGCAAGCGCAACGAAAAGGCGUCCGCGAAGACCAGCGAGGCGCUGCCCUCCGAGGGCGUCGUGCAUAGCAAGGACGAUCUCCCCACCAGGCGGCCCCAGAAAGGCGCGCAAAACUCCGCGUAUCGCACCACCCACGUCAGCCCCCCGUUCUCCAACGUCUCGCUCACCAACUUCAUCUACUGCAUCUCCUGCCUCGCCGUCCUGUACCUAGCCGUUCAAACCUACCGGAUAUUCCAAUGGAAGACCGAACUCGGCGGCUGGUGGAACCUAGCUAUGGGAAAGAGCCCCGCCGCGGUGCACAAGGAGCAUCAAAAGCAAAAGUUCUACGACUUCACCGGCGCCAAGGCGCGCAAGUCGGGCAUACCCAAAGCCGGCGGCGGCGAAGUCGGGGACGACGCCGACGUCGACGGUGCGCCCACGCUCUCGGUCGAAGACCGCAUCAACGAGCUGGCGGAAGCGCUGGGCAUGCCCAGCAAAGACCUGGCGAGCGCGAUCGCUGUAGCCGUCCGAGAAUACGUCCCGCCCGCGAGCCUGAGCAGCGUCGCUGCCGAAGCUGCGGAGACCGGCGCGAGUGACGUCGUGGAGGAACUGCUCGGCGAGGGCGCAGGCGGGAAAGCGAAGGCGCCCCCGAGCGGCACGGGCAUCUUGGACAAAGUCGUCGGUAUGGACGAGCCGCCUGCGGAAAUGGCAUGAGAUCUGAGACCAUGUCAUCCACCCGGUUUCUCGACGCUAUAUGUUGUUCAGGCGCGUUCGUAUAGGGAAGUGGCGUUGACGACGGCGGGGGCUGAAGCUCGGUGAAUGCGCCUUGAUCAUGCGUAAACACAAUAUCAAACACGGACCAAGAACUGCAUGUACCCAAUAAGUGUACCAUUUUAUAAUCGCAGGAACCACAAUCUUGCUGGAUGCGGC